AUGGUAGCCUUCGGCAAGUUCCUCUCGUACUUUCCCCUGUGCUUCGGCUAUUGGAAGAAGUACGCUGAUCUCGAGCACAAACUCGCGGGGAUUGCUGGCGUCACGUCUGUCUACGAACAAGGGGUGGCAGCCAUCCCACAGUCAGUGGAUCUGUGGGUGCACUAUUUAAAACACGCCCAGGCACAGGAAGACGAACAAGUACCCGGCCAGGAUAACGGCCAAGAGCUGCUCAAGCUGUUUGAGCGAGCCGCGCAGGCCUGUGGCAGGGAUUGGAAGAGCUCGCCUUUCUGGGAUCUAUACCUCGCACAAGCACAACAAAGCCGAGACAAGACGGUUGUGGCCAAGGUCUAUGCUCAACUGCUGGCCAUUCCACACUUGUACCACGACCAGUAUGUCGCAAAGUUCAAUGCCUUUGUGGCCGAUACGGCGGUCGAGACUAUUGCCACCCCCGAAGAGAUUGAUGCCAUCAAGCAGGAAAUCGAGGCUAGCAUGGGCCAGAUGAGCGAGAUCGCUCUCGCCGAGGAGGUCAAGAGCAAAGCCGCGGAGCUGCGACAGAAGGUUGCCAUGGCAACCAGCGUAGAGGCGAACCGGUGCAAGCCGUUCGAGGACCGUUUGGCGCGUAACUACUUCCACGUUAAGGAUGUAGACGAACAGCAGAAGACAGCCUGGAAAACGUAUCUGUGCAUGAUGAUAGACGCCUCGUACGACCGGGAGGUGAUAGCGUUUACGUUUGAACGGUGUCUGAUUGUGUGUGCUCUGUAUGAGGAGUUCUGGCUACAGUUUGCGUACUGGCACAGAGGCGACCCACAGGCCAUGGCCGCGGUGCUGCAGCGGGCCAUUUUGUUCACAGCCAAUAAGCCCAACUGCUAUUUGGCCUUAGCCUCCGCACAAGAAGCUAUUGGCGCCGAUGGUAUCGAGGGGGCGCGUGCGACAUACAAAAUGGCCACGGAGACGUUCACUACAGACAGCGAAGGCUUUGUGGAGUUGGCAGUUCGGUACUCAAACUUUGAGCGACGACAGAACGAAGCACAGAGUGCCGUGGCCGUGUUAGAUGCCGCGGUUGCACUGUGCGAGGCAGGCACAGCCACACACAGCUACCUUCUAGGCGCUAAAGCCGAGCUACAGUCAAAGGUGGGCGAGGCCGCCGAUGCACGCGCAACCUACGAAGCGUGUGCGCGCGCUAACCCAUCCAAUAAAGAUACGUACCUGAGGUGGCUUAAUUGGGAGCAGUCGUUCUACACAGAGGCCGAUGAGGAUGUCAGCGUGCGUACAGAGUCGGUGUUCGCUGUGGUCAAAGAGGUAGGAACAGCAGCACUGGCCGAACAAGACCUGGCUGACUUGGCCCUGCGACGCGUCAGAUUACUGGACACCUUGGGGUCAGACGCUGCCCUGCUGCAGAGUGCGAGGUUAGACUACUUUGGCACCUACGGCUCUGGUGCCACAUUCAAUCCCGCCACCGCUGCGAAGAAACGCCACGCGCAGGACGCAAUGGCUCAGCCUGUCCCAAAAGCGGCCAAAGUAGACGCACAAGUCCCGGUUGUCGGUGUGGUGGCACCUGCCGCGCACGUAGACCCCAUGGCACAACACAAUGCAUGGGCCCAACAGCAGAACCAGUGGGGAAACUACCAACAACAGGGAUAUGGUAUGCAACAAGGUUGGGGUAAUCAACAGUACGGCUGGGGUCAAUAAUUCGCAGACACGGCGAACACUAUACCUAGAUGGUGAAAGACACUGCACCUAGAUGGUGAAAGACACUGCA